UAUUAGAUGGCUUAAAAAUUUAAAGAGAGAUUACUAUAAGGUACCGGAGUCUCAAACAAGAAAUUUGAAUCUGAUUAUGCUAUGAAAUUGAUGCAAAAGAUGGGAUGGAAUCAAGGUCAAGGACUCGGCAAGAAUAAAGAUGGUCAAACAGAUUGUGUCCAGAUCGAAAGAAGAGCUGAUUAAUUGGCUCUCGGAGCCCAACAGCACAGUCUAGGAUAAAGUUGGAAUGACUUGUGGUGGGAACAGAGCUAUUCAAGCAGUCUCAAGAAUCUUAAACCCAUUUCCACUAAAAAUCUUCCACAACCAAAUUCCUCAGAUGAAGAAGACAAAUUCUCAGAUUAUGAAAAACACAAGAUCAAUCGUUCCAAAAAACCAAAAACUUAUGCAUAAUCAGCUAAAGUUCUGAUUGAAUAAGACAGUGACUCAGAAGAUGAUACCUUUAUAGCAAUUCAAAAGAAAAAAAUUAAAAAGACAAAAUGAUCAUAAAUAAAUCACCAUUCAGAAAUCUAUAACUUAUUUACUCUUUAACUAA